CCGAAUUCCACCGUUUAUCCGAGGGAAGCCGAAGCCCUCCCUCGUGUCCGACGACGACGCAGGGCAAAGACCGACGACAUCCACUCCCACACUCCGUCGGCCACCUGCCCUACUCCUCCCUCCUCUUCCUCUCCUUCUCCCUACCCUAUGAUUGCUCUCCUCCUCCCCGAGCUCUCCCCCUAGCCGCCCAGGCAGCCGCACUCCGGGAGCCAGCAAGCCCAGCCCCGUGGUCCGGCGCGGGGGGGAGAUGGCGGCGGCCGAGUUCUUGUCGCCGGAGGCGGCGGCGGCGGCGGGGGUGGGGCCGGUGCGGCAGCAGCAGCAUCCGGGGGAGGCGGCGUGGCGGGCGGUGGUGGGGUGGCUCGGGUUCCUCCUCCAGAUCCUGCUCCAGAUCGUCCGCGGCACGCCUUCCUCCUGGGCGCACCUCCUCUCCUUCCUCGGGCUCCGCCACCCUCUCCUCUCCGCCGCGCCGCCCCAGCCGUCGCCGUCGCCGUCGCCGUCGGUCGCCUUCGUGCGGCUCCCCUCCGAGGCUCCCGCCGACGCGUCGUCGACGGGGCCGCCGCCGCCGCUCAGGCGGCUCACGGUAGUGCUUGAUUUGGAUGAAACUCUAGUUUGUGCAUAUGAGUCAUCAAGUCUUCCUGCUGCUCUUCGUGCCGAGGCUGUUGAAGCAGGACUGCAUUGCUUUGACAUGGAGUGCAUAUCCGCUGAAAAGGAUGCUGAGGGAAGUCAGAGGGUGAACCGUGUUACUGUAUUUGAGCGUCCUGGUUUGCACGAAUUUUUGCAGAGAACUAGCGAAUUUGCUGAUCUUAUUCUCUUCACUGCUGGUUUAGAAGGAUAUGCAAAACCAUUAGUUGACAGGAUAGAUGCUCACAACAGAUUCUGUCACCGUCUCUACAGGCCAUCAACUGUUACCACGGAAUAUAGAGAGCAUGUAAAAGAUCUUUCUUGUUUGUCGAAAGAUUUCCACAGAAUUGUCCUUGUUGAUAACAAUCCAUAUAGUUUCCUGCUGCAACCAUUGAAUGGAAUACCUUGUCUUACAUUCUCGGCUGGACAACCUGUUGAUGAUCAGCUUAUGGGAGUUAUAUUUCCACUUCUCAAGCACCUUUCUCUGCAAAAUGAUGUUAGACCGGCAUUGUAUGAAACAUUUCACAUGCCAGAGUGGUUCCAAAGACAUGGGAUCCCACAAAUUGAUCAAGCAGCAUAAGUUUUGCCACCAGGGCAUUGGAUUAUUAGGCAAAGGCUCAAAGGCCACCUAUACUCUUGGAGAUAACACUUGUAUAUAAUGUUAUUCAUCCAGGCCCUUCCGUAUGGCGAAGCCAUUGUUCGACACGGAGAUCGCAGAUCACUAUUUGUAUCCUGAGCGUAAAUUUAUUGUUGUAUAGUGACCUUUUGUUGCUGACAGUUCUGAUAAUCUAACUGACAGUUAUAAUGGUCUGUGAGUUCCUGAAGGCUUGUAAAUUUUGAUCAAGGUUCUACAGCGAUGAUUCAGUGGCACCUGUGACCUUAAGAUGGUCUUUUGGAGCUACAUCGUGCAUUUUUUUGGUUUCAUAUGUCAGGCCUUGUAUUUGAUCCCCUCUUUAUUUAGGCUUCCAGCAGAUUUCAGUUAGUUUGUGCCCCCCAUCCUUUUUCACAUGUUUGGAUUUCAAAUUUUCAAUGUUACUGCUUUUCUGUUAAUGAAUGAUUUAGUGGCAACAUCAUAAA